CGUAUGGGCGUGUAUAUAUGAUUAAUUGAAUUACAAACAUCAUUGUUCGUGAUAAAAGAACACGUCGGCCCGCGUCGCCUCUCUUCACCGCGCGGUGGCGUUUAUAGCCGCGUUCCCGGCGAGCGGGCGAGUGCAUCACAGGGAGCCCUGCGCCUCUAAAGCAGCGUGAGACUCCCUCUCCCGCACAACCGACGCGAGCGCUCUCCCACAGCAGCGUCCCUCCUCUUGUCUUCCUUCAUCGCCGGCGCUCGACCGUCCAGCAUGCCUUCCAACCAGGACUUACAAGGCGGAAAAGCCUUCGGGUUGCUCAAAGCACAGCAGAGGGAGAAGCUGGAGGAAAUCAAUAAGGAGUUUAUGGAAGAUCAGAAAUACAGAGAUGAAGAGGAUUUACCAGAGAAGUUGGAUUCUUUUAAAAAUAAAUACGCCGAGUUUGACCUGAAUGAUCAGGGGGACAUCGACAUGAUGGGCUUGAAACGAAUGAUGGAGAAGUUGGGUGUGCCAAAGACUCAUCUGGAGAUGAAGAAAAUGAUCUCGGAGGUGACGGGAGGUUGCAGCGACACCAUCAACUACAGGGACUUUGUGAAAAUGAUGCUUGGCAAGCGAUCAGCUGUUCUUAAACUGGUUAUGAUGUUUGAAGACAAAGCUAACGGGACCGGCUGUAAACCCGACGGACCCCCUCCCAAGCGUGACAUCACCAGCCUACCAUAGACCAGCGACGAUGGAUUCGAUCGGCAUCCCUGCAUUCGCAAAUCCCGCCCAUUUAACAUUAGGGGCUAGGUUUCUAUAGCCUUAUCUAGAAUCUUUUUUUUUUUUUUUUUUUGCCAAGAUCCAGGGAAAAUCUUAGUUCAUAGAUGGACAAAAUGAGAAAAAAAAAAAGUGAAAGAUGUCUAUAUAUAUUUGCUGUGAAGAAGUCGAAGCGCAAAGUAGCUUUUUAUAAGUAAACAAAUGUAUAUAUUUAUAUGAAAAAGGUGUUUUUGAAUAGUGUUUACAAGCACAAAUCCUGUGGGUGAAGUACUAGUGACGUUUAAUGUUUAACACUGCAAGUGUAAGUAAGCAUAGGGUGUAUGGGACGACACAAUUUUAGCUUGCAAGGCGUAUUUUAAGAAUUAAGAUUGAGAAUUAAGAUUUUUCGUCUUCCCCCGUAAUGUGUGAUUUUUGUAUUGUUUUUUUUAUUCCAGUACGUUCAUGUUUGGAGUCGUGUUCGCUUGAAGAGUUCUUUAGCCUGUGCUAUCAGUCCUAGAUGCGCGUGAGGGUCUUUUAAGAUUCAGUUAGUGCGCAGCCAUCAAAAAGCUUUUCUUUUAAGCUUGUUCUGUUUCUAAAAGCAGGAUUUCCUUUGUAACGGUACAGGAAGGCGCGGGGAGUGAGGGAGAUGGCAAAAAGGGACUUGCUUUGCUUAUUCAUUUUUCUUUGUACAGUCUUCAGACAGUUUCUUUUUAACCGGAGUCCGAAUGACUGUAAUCUGUAACGUUACUGUACCGUAUAAGCACAUUUAACUGUUAAGUACACACAUUGUGCAGAUUUGCUUUGAAUCACAAUUUUAGCAUACGCUUUUUAUAAAUUUCCCCUGCUUGAAUUGGAAAUAAAGUUGUAGGAAAAGAGGCAUUUCCGCAGCAGGGUAGAUUGUAGUCACUAUAGCCGAUUAGCUUGAAACCCCUCUUUCCAAGUGCCUCACUCAGUUCCAUGUAGCAGAGGUUUUGAGUGAAGAUUGAGUGAAGCAUCUUUGAAACGGAUCUUGCGUGUGUUCGUGUGCGCUUGGAAUUUUUAUUCUGGUAAAUCGUAAUCCUGAGACAUUCCAAGAAUGUCGUCGCGUGGUGAGUCUUUGAAAAUGUCAUGUUUUAUCCCAGACUUGCGUGAUGUGCAGCUCUGAUGCAAAUAUUGCAGUAGUGCUUUUUGUCUUUUUUUUUUUUUUUUUUUUUUUUUUUUAAUAAUCUUGUACUGUCCUCAAGUUUUCUUUCUAAGAUGUGCUAUGUAUGGAAAAUAAAAUGAUCUCGAGUUUUUGUUUUUUAAGAUUAAAUGUUGAAAAGACAUCACUAGGCAGUAGCAGGUGUGGCUUUCACUUCCAUUUCAGACUUCGUCGGCAAACAAAGCAACUUUUAUGUGUUUGUUUCCAUCACGUCAGGUUUUAUUUCUGUGCCUCUGUUCCACGUUUCUCUCAUCAACAUGCUUUUUAUCUUUCUUUUUAAAUCAGUGAAGUAUGAAUUGAGGGCUGCAUUGUACUGCUGUUUAUUAGAAAUACAUUUUUAAUGAGUAAUUAGAAUUUAUGAAUAGUUUUCUGUCAGCAUAUUAAUUAACAGAGGCAUUUGUAAACUGGUUUUCUUUUCUUUUUUUUUGGCAAACACCAAAGGAAGUAAAUACCCUACUGUUACACCUAAA